AUGUCUUCAACAAAUCCGCCACCAUCACAGGCACCAAAUCAAACUGCUCCAAACCAACCCUUGGUUAUGAGGUUGAAGAGCUUGGUGCUUACUGCUCAGUUCCUCUGGUUUGCCGGGCAUCUGACUACUGUGGUGCAAGCAUUGUCAUAUCUGGUCGUGUAUCGAUUAUCAGCUGAAGGAGCCAGAAGCUACUCUCGAGCUUAUAUGGGAACAUUGCUGAGUUAUGGAAUCAUUCUGUACAAGGCUCAUGGUAUUCCUCAAAUAAGUCGAGCAUAUAUGCAACGAAUCCUGCUGGAUGAAAACACUCAGUAUCUACUAUUGGCUCUGAUUUGGCUCACCUCUUCUCCAAUCUCGGUUACACUGAUCCCAUAUACAACCUUCUCAGUCUUCCACUCCAUCACAUUCAUAAGAACAGACGUCCUCCCAGCCAUCGUUCCACCAACAUCAGCUCAAGUCUCACUCUCUAGACGCCUCCAACAAUCCCUCCUUCAAUUCGUACAGCGCUACCAAGCAUCGGCUCUGCGCAUGGUAGCAUACGCAGAAGUGUACGUCACGCUUCCCGUGCUAGUAUUGUCAGUAUUUACCGGAAGAGCUUCCAUCUUGAGCCCCUUCCUAUAUGCAAACUUUUUAAGAUUCAGGUACAUCUUCAGCCCGACCACGAAACAAGCAUUCAAUGACUUAAGGAUUCGGUUGGAUGGGAUGAUUGAGCAGAAUGCAAGUACUCCUACAUGGGCUAAAGCCAUGUAUGUGAAGGCACGAGAUUAUCUUAUUCAGUAUGCUAGUGUGGAUGUAGGGGCUGGUGGUGCUGCUGGUGGCGGUGCUGCUCGUUGA